UCUUAUCUCCUGAUAAGACAUAUAGUGUGGAGACACUUCACAUGCUCAAUUUGGUGUGUUUUGCUAGAGAGGAGGUUUUUUUUUUUUUCUUGGGAGAGUGCAUUUGAUCAGCACAGGGGCAAUCAGCACUGUCCAGACAGAGGUCAGGGGUCCUGCAUCCUCCUAGAGCAAAAUGAAAACUCCUCCUACAAGCUUUCACCAGUGCUUGGCUGGACACUAAUAGUCACAAAACUGCUCUAACUGCUGAUGAGAAAAGGUAUUUUGCAGUUUAUAUUUACUAAAAUAGUCACACUUCCAUGUUCUGUGUACUGUGGGAGACCAGAUAUAGUGAAUGCAGGGUCC